AAAGAAAAACCCAUAAUUUGAGAAAAUACAAUUGUCAAUUGGUUCAUCAUCCAUUCAUCCAAUUUACUUUUGAUUUUCAAUAUUCAUGUUGUUAAUAUAUCGUUUUUUCUCACUCUUCAAAACCUUACAAAUAGAAUCCUUCACCCCCCCUUCUCACGCUUACUCUCUUAACUAAUUUUCACAUUCUAUUUUUUUUUCGACAACAAAAAAGACAACCUUAUUUUUUUCAGACAGCAAAAAAACAACCUCUUUAAAACCACCUUAAACCAACCAAAACUACCAUUCCCGAAAUUUCCGCCGGAAAAUCGACAUACCCACGUCAGAAAAACCGGUUUUCCGACACCGGUACGUACACGUGGGCAGUGAUGGGUGGAUGGGGGACAUGGGAGGAGCUCCUCCUUGGUGGGGCGGUUUUCCGCUACGGGACACGAGACUGGAACGUCGUCGCCGGUGAACUCCGGGAACGCAUUGAUUGUCCUAUCCCUUUUACCCCUGAGGUCUGUAAAGCCAAGUUUGAAGACUUGCAACAACGGUAUUCUGGGAGCACGGAUUUUUUGUAUGAGGAGCUUAGGAAAAGAAGAGUAGAAGAGCUAAAGAAAGCUAUUGAACGCUCUGGAGAUUCAAUUGGGUCUCUUAAAUCAAAGAUUGAAGACCUCGAGGCUGAGAAGAACGAGGAAAAAGAUGAUUGUGAAAAUGGCUUAGAAAGUCCAGCAUCACAUUUACCUUUGCAGAAAUUGGAGAGAGUUAAAUCUUCCACCAAGGAAACAUCAAAGGAUGGCCUAUCUGCCGGAAGUUUCACUCACGAAACGAGAACAAACUGGUCUCCUGAAUCCCAGGUUUCAGCGGCAUCUGCCGAUAAUAACGAGACUAAGCUUGAAGUUUUGCAACCUACUGAGCAGGCUAAAGUUUCGCAAUCAAAGCUUGAAGUCCUCGAGGCUGAGAAGAACGAGAAAAAACAUGAUUGUGAAAAUGGCAUAGAAAGUCCUGUAUCACAUGUACCUUCCCAGAAAUUGGAGAGAGUUAAAUCUUCCACUAAAGAAACAUCAAAGGAUGGCCUGUCUACUGGAAGUUUCACUCACGAAACGAGGACAAACUGGUCUCCUGAAUCCCAGGUUCCAGCAGCAUCUGCCGAUGAUAAUGAGACUAAGCCUGAAGUUUUGCAAUCUACUGAGCAGGCUAAAGUUCCGCAAUCAAAGCUUGAAAUCCUCGAGGCUGAGAAGAACGAGAAAAAACAUGAUUGUGAAAACGGAUUAGAAAGUCUCGUAUCACAUGCACCUUCCCAGAAAUUGGAGAGAGUUAAAUCUUGCACUAAAGAGACAUCAAAGGAUGGCCUAUCUGCCAGAAGUUUCACUCGCAAAACGAGGACAAAAUGGUCUCAUGAAUCACAGAUUCCAGCGGCAUCUGCCGAUGAUAGCGAGACUAAGCCUGAAGUUUUGCAAUCUACUGAGCAGGCUAAAGUUUCGCAAUCAAAGCUUGAGGUCCUCAAGGCCGAGAAGAAUGAGAAAAAAGAUGAUUGUGAAAAUGGCUUAGAAAGUCCAGUAUCACAUUUACCAUCCCAGAAAUUGGAGAGCGUUAAAACUUCCAUUAAAGAAACAUCAAAGGAUGGCCUAUCUUCCGGAAGUUUCACACACGAAACGAGGACAAAUUGGUCCCCUGAAACCCAGGUUCCAGCUGCGUCUGCUGAUGAUAACAAGACUAAGCCUGAAGUUUUGCAAUCUACUGAGCAGGAUAAAGUUUCGGGAUCAAAGCUUGAAGUCCUCAAGGAUGAGAAGAAGGAAAAAAAAGAUGAUUGUCAAAAUGGCUUAGAAAGUCCAGUAUCACAUUUACCAUCUCAGAAAUUGAUGAGAGUUGAAUCUUCCGCUAAAGAGACAUCAAAGGAAGGAUUAUCUGUCGGGAGUUUCACACAAGAAACAAGGACAAACUGGUCUCCUGAAUCCCAGGUUCCAGCUGCAUCUUCCGAUGAUAAUGAAACUAAGCCUGAAGUUUCACAAUCUACUGAGCAGGCUAAAGUUUUGAAUGGAGAUAAUUUGGAACUUACUUUAUAUGAAAUACAAGUAGGAUGUCGUAAAAAACGGAGAGGGAAGAGAAAAAGGAAGGAUUGUGGAAGAAAUAUUAUGGAAGCGGCAAGUUUAGAAGAAAGUGACUUAUUAGAUGCAGUUGAUGUUAUGUCCUGGCGUAAAGAAAGUUCUACUAGUAACUGUGGUGAUGUUGCCAAAUCUUCUGCUGAUGUAGACAAUAAAAAAAGUAAGAACCCAAAAAAGCAUAGCGCGGAAGAUAUGAUUAAGAUUUUAGAUUCUAUUUUUGAAACUGAAGGUGCAUCUGCCUUCCGUCGAAGACUUGAUGGUCAGAAAAGAGGAAAGUACAAGAAAAUGAUCCAGAAGCACAUGGACUUCGACACUAUAAGGUCAAGAAUUAGCAGCCGAACAAUUGAAUCAACCAGAGAACUAUACCGAGACUUGCUGCUACUCACCAACAAUGCCUUAGUCUUCUACUCGAAGAUCACUCACGAAUAUAAAACUGCUCUCCUUCUAAGAGGCAUAGUCGCCAAAAAAAUGAGGGAGAGUUUGAAGGGUAGUACUAGUAGCAGCAAAAAAGUCACUGAGCCUAACGAGUCGAUGAAAUUACCAGUGCAUCAUAAUCUUCAUGUGAAACCAAGAAGUGUAAGACCAGGCAACAGAAAAAUUAUUGCAAAGGCUGUUGGUGGCGACAACUCUGCAUCUUCACAAGGAGCUAAGAAGCCCAUUAAAGCCGAUUCUUCGCCUUCUGUGGAAUCCUUAAAUGUCACGAAGAAAGCUUUUGGUAGACAGAAAAAAGUUGAACCUGUGAGUUCAAGCCAAAAGACUGCAACACCAGUGAAAGGAAGGAAAAGAGUUAGAACAAAGUAAUAGUGAUUUUAGGUUUAACCAAUAGGUAUGGUUUUUUUUUGUACAAAAAUUUUCUCCUUUUUGAUUAGGUGUUUUCUGGUUUAGUUUAUUGAACCCAACAAAAUGAACUUUGAGUUAGAUGCAGGAGGGAAACUAACUACAAAAUAUAUGAGAAAUAGUUCUGAAAAGUUAUAGUUAACCAAUAUGGAUAAGUUUAAUAUCAAAGUGGUCACAAGUUUUGUUUUUGCUAGCAUCAAAGGGAUUACACUUCGAUGUAAAUUGCAGGCAAGGUUUUUUUAGCAAUGGUUAUGACUUCCUAUCAA